AUGCACCUAUUGGAUCUUAAAGAGUGUCUCGGAUUACAAUCUGUGGCAUCGGCUGAGGAAUCACCGCAUCCGUUGAUUCCCAUCCUCAUCAACGCUCAUAUUCCCGCGGUCAUAUCAAAAUUUCGCAAACCUGAAAUAACAUUUGGAAAACUUCCCGCUCAACUUUUUUCGCAACGUGCUAUAAAUACCCUCCAUCUCUCUUUCGAAAUGGCUCGUACCAAGCAAACUGCAAGGAAGUCCACCGGAGGAAAGGCUCCGAGAAAGCAGCUUGCCACCAAGGCCGCUCGUAAGUCUGCUCCGGCCACCGGUGGUGUAAAGAAGCCCCAUCGUUUCAGACCCGGGACAGUGGCUCUCAGGGAGAUCCGCAAGUACCAGAAGAGUACAGAGCUUCUCAUCAGGAAGCUUCCAUUCCAGAGGCUGGUCAGGGAGAUCGCUCAGGAUUUCAAAACCGAUCUCCGCUUCCAGAGCAGCGCCGUGUCCGCUCUGCAGGAAGCUGCUGAGGCCUACCUCGUUGGACUGUUUGAGGAUACCAAUCUCUGCGCUAUUCAUGCCAAGAGAGUCACUAUUAUGCCCAAAGACAUUCAGCUCGCACGUAGAAUUAGGGGUGAGAGAGCUUAG